CUACAUUCAGGUGUAUGCCACCCUCAGCUUGUAUCACAACGGCUUUAGGAUCCAAUUGCAUGGGUAUCUUGGUGAGCGGACAGGUGGUGACUUUGUGAUUGAGCAGGAAAUAGCUCCCCAGACGUAAUGUCAACUUACAGUUACCACCAUCUUGUCACAAUAUUUCUCAUCUUCAUCAUACUAACGCUCUUGCAACUACUCUACCAUCACCGCUACAGUUAUUGGUAUUACCGUAAGAUACCAUAUCUCGAGCCGACCAUAUUUUUGGGAAAUUUACGACCGUUACUUUUUCUACGCACAUCUUUUGGUGAUUACUUUCGCGCACUUUACGCUGAACCGGCAUUCAAAGCAGCGCCAUUUUUCGGUUUCUUCAUACUGCACACACCCGCUUUGCUCAUACGAGAUCCACAACUGAUCGAACAGUUAUUCGCAAAAGAGUCUAAUAGUUUUCCCAAUCGUUAUGAGGCGGCCGAUCUUGAGUGUGAUACUAUGGGCGCUUUGACGUUGCCUUUAGCUAAAUACAGCAUAUGGCGUAAGAGCCGACGAGAGAUCUCCAAACUAUUCACUAGUGGACAUAUGAAAAAGAAAAUGUAUCCGAAACUCAUAACGCUCGCUGAACACCUAGAAGGGUAUAUCACGCGUAGAAUGGCACAAGAUGAUCGUCGAGCAACUGCACAUAGCGUGUCAACGGUGAUAGAGGUCAAAGAGAUGUGUGCGCUCUACACGACAGACGUCACCGCCACUCUAUUGUAUAGCAUCGAAACGGCAGGUUUACUGAAUGAUGGCUGUGAAAUGCGCGCUCAGUGUGAGCAACUAUUUCAGCCCAAUCUGCGCAAGAUAAUCGAUUUCUUUACUGUAUUCUUCCUGCCCCGAGCAGUGCGUGCGCUUAAAUCCAAAGUUUUCACGCAACGAUAUGCAAACUAUAUGCGACAAAUAGUCGAGUUACGCACUAAAAUGAUCGACGGCGCUCAUGAGAGUGGCGACCUUAUCGAAUUAUUGAUGAAAAUGCAGAAGAACUUGAAUGACUUACGGCCGCAGAGUGUUUGGUUGAGGCAUCCAGAUUUUAUUCCAGCGCAGGUGGGUAUUUUCCUAUUGGCUGGCUUUGAGACAUCCUCGUCACUGAUCGCGUUGAUUUUAUACGAGCUGGCGAAGCAGCCGAGUAUACAGCAGAAAUUAAGAGAUGAAAUACAUGCUUACUCGCGUGGACCAUCAAACUCACGUUUAAGUUAUAAACAAAUACUACAUAUGCGUUAUAUGGAUAUGGUGGUUGCGGAAGGCUUACGUUUAUAUCCGACAGCGCCAUUCAUAAAUCGUGAGUGUUUGCCGAAAGGUUAUCAGCAAACAUUAUGGUAUGAGCAGAGAAAGAAAUGUCUAAAUAUACCCAAGGGUGUGCCUGCCUACGUCUCCAUUUUGGGUCUACACAGGGAUCCAAAGUACUGGCCCAAUCCACAACUUUACGAUCCAGAAAGAUUUUCGUCCGAAAAUCUGCCGUCUAUUAAACCAAUGACUUAUAUACCGUUCGGUGUUGGCCCUCAUGGUUGUGUUGGCAGUCGACUGGGAUUACUGCAAGUCAAAUUGGGUUUAGUAUAUAUAUUAAAGCGACAUCGUGUCGAGUUGUGCGAGAAGACAAUGAGUGAAAUUCAAUUUGAUCCAAAAAGAUUUAUGCUGGAAGCCAAAGGAGAGCUAUACUUGAAAUUUGUGAAGGAAAAUUAAGGUGUAUGUGUGUGUGUGUGUAUAUAAA